GCCAAUGCCUGACAACUUUAAAACUCUUUAAAAAAACAUAUUGGUAAACCAUUUCUGAUAUUGUUUUACUUGUUAGAAAUGUAUUUGACUGAUGUCCUGAGGCGCAGUUUUAAGCAGUAAUCUGAAGUUUAUGAGCUCAUUUGGCAGUUGGUCGAGCCGGACUAUAAACAGACUGCUCACUGUGCCCCUCCACGGAGGCGAUGCCCUUUAGUAGCGAGCGGUCAGGGAGGACAGACGGCUCUCUAUCGGGACCAGCGGACAAAAGAAAUGCAUGAGAAAGACGCAUUAUCCCCACAACUGCCAGAGUGAAAUGAGUGGGGGUGUAUGGAGCUCUUUUUGUGAAUCAUGUCUGUGCGUGUUCCUUGUGAAACAGCGAAAGUACAGCGCACACUGAAGUCACUGGGCGUUGUAGUGAAUAGUCCAUACUUUUCUUGAGAGAGGAAGUUUGCCUGUGCCUCUAAAAGUGUACGGGAAUGUCUGCCAUGUACAGGUUCAACAGUCUGUUCAUUUAAGCUUGGGAAAACCUGGGAGCCAGCUAUUUUAUUGAUAGAGCGCGUCGUUGUUGAAUUGGAGGCAGCUGACUCAGUUUGGACAUAGCGGACUGACUUACCCGGAUCGUUAGUAUGCGAGGGCAACUUUGUUUGCCGAAGUAAGCUUACAGCUGUAUCAUCUGCCGAUGAUGUAUUUACGCAAAUCGCUUUGCUCAUUGAGUUUCGGCUUUUGCUCCUUGACACAACACUCCCGGCUGUCAGAUUAGCCGUAACACAGAUUUGGAAGCUAACCAACAGUCUGGAUGAAGGAUGCAGACGGAGAGGUUCGCAGAUAUGGAGAAACUUCGGAUAUUCGAGGAUCUCAAUAUGAUGUAUAUCCGUCAAAUUGCUCUGAGCAUACAGGACAGUGAUAUCCAGAAGAAGAUUGACCAUGAGAUCCGCAUGCGUGACGGUGCGUGUAAGCUGCUGGCCGCCUGUUCGCAGCGGGACCAGGCCCUGGAGGCCGCCAAGAACCUGCUGACCUGCAACGCCCGCAUCAUGGCCUACAUGUCAGAGCUGCAGCGCAUGAAGGAGGCCCAGGUCAUGCAGAGAGUGCAGCGCAGGCCGUCUGACGCAGGGCCAAUGGACGAACGACUACCAUGCAAAGGCAAAGUGGCCAUCUCAGACCUGCGCAUUCCUCUCAUGUGGAAGGACACGGAAUACUUCAAGAACAAAGGAGAGCUCCAUAGGUGUGCGGUGUUCUGUCUGCUGCAGCUGGGUGGAGAGAUCUUCGACACAGACAUGGUGAUGGUGGACCGCACGCUCACGGACAUCUGCUUCGAGAACACAGUAGUCUUUAACGAGGCGAGUCCCGGGUUCGAGCUACGUGUGGAGCUGUACAGCUGCUGCUCGGAGGAGGACUGCUCGGCGGGCAGCACGCCGCGUAAGCUGGCCAGCAAGCUCAGCAGCUCUCUGGGCCGCUCGGCCGGGAAGAAGAUGAGGGCGGCCAUGGAGCCCGGAGGACCUGGCAGCCCCGUCAGCAACGGAGGAGGAGGAGGGGGAGGGGCCACACUGCUGCUGCCCAUCUCAUCCGUACCGGGGCCCAAGUAUCACCUCCUGGCCCACACCACGCUCUCGCUGGCCCAUGUGCAGGACUCCUUCCGCACGCACGACCUCACCAUCACCGCCAACGAGGACUGUUCAUUCUGGGUGCCGCUGUAUGGGAGUGUGUGCUGUCGCCUGGCAGCCCAGCCCAGCUGCAUGACCCAACAGAUGAUGAGCGGACGCCUCAAGGUCAAGCACGGCACCGACUCUCAGAGCCACGCCAACGUCUACGGUGUCCUCAAGGGGACAAACCUCUUCUGUUACCACCAGCAGCAGGACAUGGACGCUAACGUGGACCCCGCAAUAACAAUCGGCAUCAACAAAGAGACACGGAUACGAGCAGCAGAGAGGGACCCCCAGACCAAGGCCCAGAGCAUCUGCAUCAGUAACCAGUACGGGGGGGAGGAGGUGACCCACGCACUGCUGACCGAGACCAGGGACGACACCCAGCGCUGGAUGGAGGCCUUCUGGCAGCACUUCUAUGACAUGAGCCAGUGGAAACACUGUUGUGAUGAUCUGAUGAAAAUAGACCUUCCCUCGCCAAAGAAACUUGCCCCGCUCACGCCCAAGCAGGGCUCCCUCUACCACGAGAUGGUUAUUGACACGUCGGACUCGGACAUCGGCUCGGUGACGGACAUCCUGACGCGUCAGAUCCAGGAGUGGGAGUUGCGCACCCAGCUGAAGCGCGGCGCCGCCACCCCCCCUGCCUGGAUGGCCCUGUUCGAGGAGGAGGGCUCUCUGCCCACCACGCCCCAGCCCAUCCCUCGCCAUCAGCAACAGCAUCAGCAUCAGCACCACCACCACGGUUACCCCCACUCGCGCUCGCCGGCCUCCCCGAUCCUGAGCCCCCAUCGUCAGCCGGGCCGCAACAGUGUGGGUGGGGGUGGUGGUGGGGGCAGGCUGAUCUCGUCACAAGUCAGCCUGACGUCGGAUAGCGACAACAGCCCGUGUUCCACCAGCCCCUGCUCCCGGCACCACGUGUGGGUCACCGCUGCCGACCAGCCUUCCCUCUCCCCCUCCCCCUCCUCCUUCAUCUCCCCGUCCCUCUCCCCCUGCCCCUCCCCAUCGCCGUCCCCGCUAUCCUCCUCGUCCUCCUCCAAGUCUCGAUUCCGGCCACGCACGCUGUCCCUGGACGCCAAGCUCAGCACCUUACGAGGGAGAGGUGGAGGUGGAGGUGGGGGCUUGAGCGUCUGCAGCGGUGGCAUACUUAACAUCAACAGCCGGGCUCUCCAGUGUUCGUCCGUGCCACCCAACCCCGCCAUGACCUCCUCCCUGUCCUCCACGGCCACCUCGGCCUCCUCCGUGACCCCCCACCCCCAUCAUCGCUCCCCGACCAUGGCCACCCUGUCCAGCUCCAGCUCGGCCUCCACCUCUAGUAGCUCCAGCGAGGGCAGCAGUGGCAGCGGGAGUGGGGUGAGCAGUGGAGGUAGUGGAGGUACUGGGGGUGGCGGUAGUGGUAGUGGAGCGGAGGGGGACAUGCCUUUCUCCAGGCCGGCCGGGGCCAGACGCAGCCUCAGGAACUUGCGCACCAGACUGGACCCUCGCAACUGGAUGCAGAGCCAGGUCUGAUGGUGACCACCACCACGACGUACCACCACCACCACCACACAUGCAGUCUCCUCAUGUCACAGCUAUAUACAUACACUCACUCACUCACCCAUUCUCAACCAAACGCAUACAUAUGUGCUCUCUUCACACAGUAGGUAUACAGACAUGCACUCAUUCUAUUCUUGUGCACACACAUAGACACAUGCAGACACACACUAUGUGGCUUUAAGUGGUUGUACAGUACAGUACACAUUAACAAGCUUAUUCGUAUGCACAGACACAUGUGCGUGCGCACACGCACACUCGCACGCACACACACACACACACACACACACACACACACACACACACACACACACACACACACACACACACACACACACACGUCCUCAAGCCUCACCCAUUCACAGCACAGUGCUAUAUUUGAAAGAAAAAUAACAAGGACCUAUUGAGAAGCGGAACAGCCAAUUGUCAGUUCCAGCGUGUUCACUGGGGAGAGAACUGGAAUGAAUGAGGAUGAGGAGAAGCAGGAGGAUGAAGAAGGAGAUGGCUGCUCCCUUCCUGUCCAAUGGGAGAGUGGGAGGACGGCCACACAUACCGUAUGCAAUGCAUGAUGCAGGUCAACGCCAUAUGGGAGACAGACCAAUCAACCUUCUCGUUUAUCAACACUUCGGAAUCCAAUCGACUGUUACACACUGUUUACUAAGACGCUAACACAGACUGAUUAAACAAUACAAGUAAUGUCUUGGGGAGCGGAGGGUGUCAAAAAGUGUCAAAACUGGAAAAUAAGCAAACUUCGACAUGUUCAUCCACUAAGAGCCAAUACGUGAGUGACACUGGUGCCAUGCUAACCGUUUGUCCCAGAGGAAGUGACGUCAUGUCCUGUAAAAAAAUGACGUGCGACUUCACUUCCACUUCCUGUGAGCUGAGCAUUGUGGGUACUAUUUGGACUCGCGAAGGUUGCCGACUUAUGGCUCCAUGUAAAAGGCACUUACUUACAGUGCAACUUCUUUGAUUUUACCACAUACUAAUACUGUGAUAACACCCAACUGUUGUUACCCUAAAUACAUGAUUAGGUUGAGGUGUGUGCCAUUGGUUGUAUUUAAUCGAAGACUGACUAUAACAAACAGCUUGUUCGCGACUUUUAUUAUAAUAAUCUUCCAAGUUCAUAUUUACAUCCCCCUUGUGUUGGUCAGGAUAGUGGAAUUCUGUAAGCAUCUGAUGAACGCAUGCCCAUGGUUUCAAGGAAGAUAACUCAGACUCAGAUACCGUAUUUCAAUUUCACUUGUCUUUUCUACUACCUUACUGUAGUCUACACUGCUCUACUCUACUCUACACUCUACUCUUCUCAACUCUACCCUACCCAAGCCUAUUCUACUAUGAUCCAAAUGUCCGAUGUUGGCCUCCUUAAACACUAUGAAAAGCCUGAUUGCUUCGGUUGUACUACCUGCUCUGCCGUUGUGAUAACCUCAGGACAACGUGCUUGUAUUUACGUCCCUCCCAGAGCGCCAGAUUGUCUUUCAUGUUUUUGUAUUAAGUACCUCAUGUCCAUGUUCCGAGUGCAGUCUUUCCUUAAUCAACAGACGUUUCUAUCCACACUGUACAUAUGUAUCACACUAAUACUCAAUCAGCCAGAUUUUUCUAUUAUUAUUGUUAUUAUGUAACGUUGGUGCAAUAGAGUGAUAUUGCUUCAUUUUUUGUACUAGAAUGGGAUGGGUUUUGUCAUCUUAAUUGGAGAUAUAUUGUAAUUGGAGGUAUAUUAUGACUGAUGAAAAGGAUUUCCGAAUGCCAUAAUGAAUGGAUUAGAUAUGGGAACUAUUUGACACUCCUUACAUUUUGUCAGACAUCAGAAAGAAACAAACAGUUAUAGGAAAGCAAACUGGAUAGUGUAUUUCACUAGCCUGGCCGCGCCAAACCCCUACAGCAAAGCCGGGAGCAAAUUCAAUUUGCGGCCUCUAGGGGCGUCUAGAUUUCUAGGCUAGUAUUUCACAUCAACAAACAAUUCUGCAGUUCUAAAUUCUACCGUUCUAUAGAACCCAUGUCAUCAUGUUAGGAUAAGAUGCAGUAAAGCAGUGCAGACAUUAGGCAUAAUACUUUUGCAUUCUUGCCCGCUGCAAGAUAAGUAUGUUUACAGUGGAUGGACAUAUGCAGUAUGGGACACAUAGUAAGCCAUAUAGGUCAAUAUAAAUAAGAAAUACGAGUGUUAUUUUUGCUCUUGGUAUGGAAACGCCAAUGUUGUUACAGUAGAUUUUGAUUAAGAUGUUCAUUAUGAAAACCGGCAGGUCUACGCACAAACUCCAAUCAAUCAUAGUAUUGUACUGACCCAUAGGGCCACAUAGACUUCACAGCAGCUAUGAACUCUGCCACUGCAGCUGUACAGAUGGCGGCCAUAUUUUGGCGUGCGGACGGCCAUGUUGGAUGAUCAAUCAGGACUGCCACGAGAGGCCACAUAAGGACCCUUUGCUUACUGGACCAUGCGGUCCUAUCAGCCAUUGUCAUUGUAAAGUUUUGUAAUCUAACAUACUAUGAGUUACUUUUAUUAUUUUAAAAAAAAAUGUGUAUUUUACAUGAUCAUUGGUGUCUUUCUUUUUUGUCAUAAAAAUGCUAUAUUGAUAUAAAUAUAUAUUAUUUUGACAGUUACAGGCAUAACUGCUCUGUGAGGGAUAACACUGAAUGUUAACACCCAUGUUAGCUUUAUUGGUCAGCGGGCUGUCUGCAUGCACGGUAUUUUGAUUAUUUUUUUUGAAGAGAUUAAAAAUGUAAAGAAAGAAGCUAACUCCGUACAUAGCCCUAACAAUAAAUUAUUCAUGAAGUAAAUAACAUAACUGCCUCCUGGUUUUUAUUUUACCCUUAUCUUUCAUUUAUUACUUGAUAAUUGGUUAAGAAUGGAUGGUGAUUAUUUAUUUCAUGAAAUGCCAUGUCAACCAGUACCUCUGUGAUUAUUGCAAUGACCGUGCCCUUUGUUUCAUAUUUAAUAACAAUAACAACACUUCUUUGUUGGUGAAUGAAAAAGGGUUCCCUCUUAGUCAGGUAAAGUGUUGCCAGAUUGUGCAGUUUCCUGGCCAAUUUGGCUGUUUUGGAUAGAAUGGCCAUUUAUUAUCAUAAAAAUCAAUAAUAAUAUGCACACAUGGGGCGGGUGCCUUCAGGCGGCUUUUGAGCAUGUUUUGGGCUAGAAAUUAUCAGUCACAUCUGACAACCCUGUUCAAGUACAAGUUACAGUCCCUGGAACUAUGUGGGAUUAGCCACCUUGCUCAAGGGCUCUCUGGUCUUAGAGGAGGGUACAGGAGACCACUCCCAUUCUUUCUACUCUCUUGCGAUUCGAACCUUCAAUCCUCCAAUCCCCAAAUUAGCCUUUUCCCCUGUGAACUCAAAAAAGUUAUUUGAAGUGAAACAAAUAUGGCAUUGCUACUGAUUUCCGGCAUCUAAGUAUGUCUAUGCCCGUGGAUGCAACUUAAAUUGUACCUGCUUUGAAUGUAUUGAAUCCAAGGUGUCUGAAGUGAUGUGGAAAAG